AUGUGGCUAGCCCAAGAAUCUUCAAUACCAUGUGUAUUGAUUUGCGAUAGCCGAAGAGCUAUUUUGAGUGAUGAUUUUGAGUUCGAAACCCUUCUACGACUGUUCUCUUUGGAAACGCAGCGAAAGAUUACAAAUAAGAGAGAACGAAAAUUGAGAAAUCUUGCUCUCUGCAAUCAACUUCUACAGCUUGCAAGCUUAUCGAGAGCUAGCGGCCAAGCAUGGCGGGAGACGAAGUUUGAGUUUAAUGCCUAUGGCAAACCACAAUGCGCUGGCUUCCCUAACCUUUCAUUUAACAUGUCCAAUAGCGACGGUCGUACCGCAAUAUACUUGGAUCUCGAGUCAGAUGUAGGCUUGGAUCUAGCCAGCACCAAGGACUGUCAAAAUUUCGGCGAAGAAAACUACCUUGAGGUUUUUCGGCCCAUUUUCACCGAGCAUGAAUUCCGUCACCUUAACAAAUUACCGCCAGGAGCCACCAGAGAUAGGCUUUUUACCCAUUAUUGGUCUCUCAAAGAAGCUUAUACCAAGCUUAAAGGCGUUGGUCUGAAUUGCAACUUAUCCGAAAUAGAUUUAGGCGUAAUUGAGCCCUGUACCUACAAAGACAGUGCUCAAUCAAUUGAGCGCGAUAUUGGUAUCGAUACAAUAUACUUCCAGUCAAAAUGGCUUGAUAGUGAUUUGAUUGUAUCUAUCUGUAAGGUAACUGGACCAAAACAGCCGACUAUGACUAAAGUACCCAUAGUGGACUUGGAACUUGCUGACGUUGUAGAAUGGAUCCAUAGUACAAAGUGA